AGCGGAUACGUCAUCAAUCUUGUGUCUCCAAAAGACGAUCAAUUAUAAUAAUCAUAAUGAUGAAUUCUGUAUAAGUAUGGUCUUUACGUCCUCGAUGAAUUGAACUUUUGUCAUCAUCAAACAACCUACAAUCAGAUACUCCAGCAACAACAGCAACAAUCAAAACACUCCAGCUCCCGAGCAUCAAUUCACCAUUUCCAUCCAAUCCCAUACCAUCAUCACCCAAACAAUAAAAAUGUCUCCUCCUCGCCGUGCUCUCAUAGCGGUCACUUCCGCCAAUGCUUUGCUCAUGGAGGGCAAGCAUGUCACUGGUCUCUUCAUCGCCGAAGCGCUUCACCCUUACAAUGUCCUCACCGCGGCCGGCUUCGAAGUCGACCUCGCAUCUGAGACUGGCAAAUACACCGCGGAUUGGCUCUCUGAGCAGCCCGACUUCCUGAACGGCAAGGACCUCGAAACCUGGAAAGACACCAACAGCGAGUUCCGCAAGAAGCUCGAUAACAUGCCCAAGGCUUCUGAAUUGGACCCCUCGAAGUACGGAGUCUUCUUCGCCUCGGCUGGCCAUGCUUCUCUGAUCGAUUACCCAACUGCCAAGAGCCUGCAGAACAUCGCGGCACAAGUUUGGGCCAAUGGAGGCAUUGUCUCGUCGGUCUGUCACGGACCGGCUAUCUUUGCAAACCUGAUUGAUCCGGCGACCAAGGAGCAUCUUAUCAAGGGAAAGAAGAUCACUGGCUUCACCACUGAGGCUGAGAUCGACAUGGGGAUUGAGGCUACAAUCAAGAGCUGGAACGUCGAGUUGGUAGAGGAUCUUGCUAAGAGGGUUGGAGCCACAUAUGAGAGAGGUGCCGGUGUCUGGGAUGACUUCCACAUUGUUGAUGGCCGCCUGAUUACAGGCCAAAACCCACAGAGCUCGGUUUCUACCGCGAAAGCUAUUGUUGAUGUCUUUGACAAGCUGUGAAAAGGCCUUGUUCUAGGUGAUACAGAAGCUCAAUAGUCGAAUGUGAAAGAUGCUACAUUGCCACGCGGUUUACACUGCUACGGUUUUGGGGCCCCUAGGGAUAGACAGUGGAGAACGGGUGUAGCGGAUGCGAUAUCUUCGCAAGCGUCCCUUGUCCUUAUCGGCUCCCCCGGAACCAGGCCAGGGGUUCGGUAUGUGGGGUUCGGGAUUUUGAAAAAUAGUUAAUACCAAUUCAUCAGUCUUCAUC